UUUGUUUUGAUUACCGUUUUUGUCAUCGUACUUUUGUUUGACUGUGUUUUCAUCUGGCACGUUGACUCGCCGGUUUGCACGCUUGUAAAUUGUAGAAAAUUUAAAAACGCGUAAAAAGUUACAGAAACUAUCGGAAAUUUUGUGGCGGCUCAUAGCGGAACUUGCAGUGAACCAUGGGAAAGAAAUUCAAAGCAGGUGCUGUCCUUAAAGAUGCGGGUAUUGGCCAAAAAACGGAAUCCAAAGAUGGAUCGGCCGGCCUCAUGGGCUUAUCGCUGAAAUCGAAGAAAAUCAAGAAGCCGAAGAAAUCGGAAACGGUUCCAGCUCCGAAAGUGCUGGACGCGCUUCCCAACGCCACCGUGGCAAAGAACGGUGACGGAUCUGUUGGGAAGAAAAGGAAGAAGCACAAGAAACAUAAGAAGCAUCCGCAAGGGGCUGUUUCCGCCGAAGGAAAGCCGCAGGUUAAGGUUGAACAAACGGGAUCAGAGACGCCGAAAAAGUCCAAGAAGCAUAAGAAGAAGAAGGACAAGGCUAACGCCAACGGGGUGAAGGUUGAGGAAGCGCAGCAAGCGAUCGGAGAAAAGGAGGUCAAAACUUAUGAAACCAGUGAGGUGAAGAAAUCCAAAAAGCACAAGAAAAAGAACAAGCCCCAUGGCAACGAGGAAUCACGACCAACAACCGCCGGCGAAGUGGAGGUCAAGGUCGAAGGAAACGAGGAUGUGGUUCAGAAGAAGUCAAAGAAGCAUAAACGCAAGGCUUCAGAGGUUGAGCCUGAAACCGCAGUCGAGGAAUCGCCGAAGAAGAAACAUAAGAAAAAGAACAAGCACGGUAAGGAUUCGGCAAGAGGAGUCAAGGUUGAAGAAUCUGAGGCAGCCGGGGAACCGAAGCGUAAACAGGCAAAACCAAAACCUACCGCAAAAGCUCUGGAAGCUGAUCGCGAUGUGGACACAUCGGAAAGUGAAUCCGACGACGAGGAAGAUGCAGCACAUAAGGAAAUGGAUCGUGCCAAUCAGAAGAUUCUGAAGCAACACUCUUCGAAGGCGCAAAAUGAAGAGGAUUCCUCGGAAGAUGAGAAGCAAACUGACAAGAAGGCAAAGGGCCAAGAAGCCAAGGAAGAGAAGACAGCAAAGCGAUUCACAGGUCCCGAGCAUUCAAUUUUCAUCGGUAACCUUCCGAACACCGUUAAGAAGUCCACCAUAAAGUCACUGUUCAAUCAGUACGGCAAAAUACUGACGCUCCGGUUCCGAUCGAACGACGGUGUUACGCUGUUCAAGAGGAAAGACCGAAAGAAAGCGAAGGCCCUCAAUUGCUACAUCCGUUUUGAGACCAAGCCGGAAGCGCAAGCGGCCUGUGCCAUGAAUGGUCAGCUGGUGGAAGGUAACCGCAUUCGGGUGACGGUGCACACGCAGAAACAGAUGGGCCAUGCGUCUUCCACCGUGUUUGUUGGGAACAUCAAUCACAAAACCACCGACAACGAGUUGUACGAUUUCUUCAGCCGCGUCGGCGAGAUCGAAUACGUUCGUCAAAUUGCCGACAGGGGUAUCGGCUACGUGUGCUUCAAGAAGGGCGUGUCCAUCGCCAAGGCACUCAAGCUGAACCAACAGCUGCUCAACGGAAGAGCCCUGCGCAUAAUGAAGGUAGAUCCGGCCAAGCAGCACCAGCGAAGGAACAAGAAAGGUAAUCUAGUCGCAAAGAACCGAGCGGGUGGUGCCGGCGGGAAACAACCGGCGACCGAUGCCAAGAACCGCCAACAAGGCGGAUCCAAUCCAAAAGCACCGACAACGGAUUUCCACGGCUCUGUUGCCCACAAUAAGAUGGGCAAGAAACACAAGACGGCAAAGGGUGGUGGGGACAAGAAGAAGAAACUGCUGGCCCAGAAGUUGAGCGCAGCUGGCAACUUCAGUCGAAAUAAGUAAACUUAACCAACCAAGUAUGUACAACUGUAAAUGUUUUAUUUUUGCCUUUGUAUUUUGCAUUUGAAAUACAUGAAUUCAGUGACAAAACAUU